AUGAAAACACUAUUGGACUUUGUGACUGCAGAUCAAAAGGCAAGUAUUGGAGAACUCAAGUUCCGAGUCCCUCGCACGAAACCUUCCAACGAGGCAGCGAGGUAUGGCGUACACGCUUCAGCUCUCAAUCGGCAAUCCUUCAUACCUACUUGUGCCGACCACCUAGCCCGAACCCUCUCAAGGUUCUCAAACAUGCGAACGGUUCGGGAUUGUGGUUCUUCAAUUGUCAACAAUCGACCAGGCCCUGCCGUCUCACCCGUGGAUCCAUCGUCCGCUCCUAUCCGGCCUGGUCCUGCUUUGCAGGAUAUCAGCAUAUUCCCACGCAGGAAUUUGGAAGCAGAGAGAAUAUUGACGGUUGUAUCCAUCCCAGCCAGCUUCUCCAGAAAAAUGGAGUUGCAAGACCCUCAAGUCUCCAAAAGCUCUGGGGUUGGAACUAUAACCCAAUAG